AUGAGAUUACCGCAAACACUGCAAUCGAAACCAGGUAAUCACAGAUUCAGAGACAACAACCAAGCUAACAUUCAGAAUUCGGUAAGUUUCUCAAGUUUAAUUGCCUCUGUAGGUCACGGUUCAGGCAGAGCCCAUUUAAACAAUGUCCCAGAGUACACUGACCUGAGUACAGUAAUAUAUGUUUGGGGAGAGAACCCGGGGCUGAGUGAGCAGGGGUCAGGAAGGUCUAGGUCCGAGUACUGGAACGCCACAAUAUACAGGAACCUCUCAGACGUAAAGAUUCUGGAAGUGAGCUGCAGCGAAUCGCAUAUUUUCUUCCUCACGAGUAGCCGCAAACUGUACACAGUAGGACACGGGGAGUACGGACAGCUGGGCGUGAACGAAGGAGUCGUGCACGUGUCGGAGCCGACGCUGCUGGAGCGAAUAAGCGACGUGAAGCAGGUGUGCUGCGGCAAGUUCCACUCAGUGGCACUGACUGCAGACGGACACCUGCUGAGCUGGGGAAGAAACGACUUCUCAGGACACUCCUCAGGAUUCGCAACCUUCGUGCCGCGCGAGAUCCUGACCAACGAAGAGAGCAGCCCGGGGGUACGCAUAAGCUGCCUGAGCGUGUGCGCAAGCGACCACCAGACGAUAGCAGUGUGCGAGGGAGGCCGCGUGUUGUACAUUUGGGGAAUCGCCUUCAACGGAGACCGAAUACCGAGGCCGAAGGUGUUCUACGCGUUCUCGGACGCGCGAAUUAGACAUAUCGGAGUGGGGAGCUACUUCGCCUUGGCGCUGAGCGAGUGCGGCCGAGUCUUCAACUGCGGCGACGGCACGUACGGGGAAAUAUACUCGAGCAGCUCAAUCACGAACUCGACGCCGAUCUUCACGCCGAUCAAGCACACACUAGUGAAGCACAUAGAGAAAAUCGCAGUGGGAGCACGCCACGCACUCCUGAUGGAUGAGAACAAGAACGUGAUAGCGUUGGGAGACAACAACUAUGGCCAGUGUGCGGCCCCACAGUCACACCACACAGCGCCAGUCGUGGUGGAGUUUUCCGAGGGGAACUUUCCGCCGAAGGCAAUAUACGCUGGCACGAGAACGAGUGCUUGCAUCAAUUCAGGAAAUCAACUUUAUAUUUGGGGCCACUCGUCUAACCAUAAACUCAUAUUCACCUCAUCCGUUGACAUUUUAAUACAACAGCAGAAACAGCCUGGAGUCUCAAUAAUAUCAGGAUAUAAAAAUUCAGUCCCCGAACCUCGACUAAUAUAUUCACUAUUGCAAGAGAAGAUAACCUGUGUCGGAUUAGGGCCAAAUUAUACAGUUGUGGUGUCCGGAGAAGGAAACGUUAAUUGA